CAUGUAUAGAUACAUCUCCGAACUUGGAUUUAGAACACCAGCCAUCAUUAAUUCUCUUAAAAUAUUCAUUAGAGAUUUCAAAGAUGUGCCAUCUGUCUCAGUAACCAAAUUAAAUUCCGAACAAAUCUAUUCUGCUCUUGAGAUCCAUUCUCUACCCUGGAAAACAUCAAGUGACUCCUCAAAGCUAACUAAAGAAUUCAAAUUCAAUUCAUUCAAAGAAACUUUUGCUUUUAUGGGAUCAAUUUCUACUAAUUAUUAGAUUAUCCAAAAUGGACAUAAAAAGAAAAUGUAGUUACUGUAGAGAUGACAACACCAGAAUGCUCAGGUGUUUCUGUAAAAGACAUUCUAUUAGCUUAUGCUAUGGAAUAAUUGUCAAAUGAAGUCUCGACUACUCAAAUCACAACUGUGUGUGAUGGCCCAAAAGUUGUUGAUACACAAAUACUACAAAAUUGGAACUCAAAUUUCUCAAAAACUGAGGAAAUGCUCCAAAGUUUUU